AUUCAUUCUGAAAUAUUCAAAAUACUCAGUAAUCACGCUCACAGCGUUAUUUUCAGAAUAUUAAUAGUAAACGCGUGUUUAUCAAGAAAUAAAUACGCACAUGGCAAAGUUUUAUAUGUAUACUUAUUUUUUUAAUUUAUAGUCUGUGAUUCAAAAGUUGUAAAUCUUUGUAAAAAAAAUUGUUGUUUCGGUAAAACUUAAUGUAAAACUUGAGGAUAAUUUUCAAAAAAAUAAGGAGAAAAGUACAUGGACGUGAUUAUUAUUUGUUAGUAAACGCUUUAGCAUUCCAAUCCUCCCAUAUCCACUGAAUUGGAGUAAAUGCGGGUUUUUGUAAUAUUUUCCUGAUGCUAAAUUGCGACAAAAAUGUACAUCCGCACUUGUGUUUUGAUUUAAUGUAAGAUGUAAGUUUGCAUAGUGUUACAGUGCAGGCACUGAUAAUGGCACUGAAAUCAGAGACGACCUGUGUAGACGACAGACUUGGUUUAAGAGUAGAAGGUGAUCUCGGGGAUUUUCAAAUCGUCGAAGAAAAAAGUGAUAGUGAAGAUGAUGACAAGACAUACAGUAGUUCAAGGACAGUCGACACUCUUGAUACCAUUCCAUCGAGUCUGGUGAGACCCAGCAACUCUCCUAUUUGUGGUAAUGUGGCUGUAACAAAUUCUGAAAACAUAGUGAUAGGAAACAACACUUAUUUCAAUGGUCCAGUGGUAAUUAAGCAAGUAAUCCAAAACGCUUCCGGACUGGAGAAUCUUUCGUAUGUGAAAUCGGAAAAUGAGGAUACUGUGCCAGAACAAAAAUAUCAAGAGCAUUCAAAAAAUGAUAAAGCUGUCAGGCAGUUUCACUUAAGGAAAUGGCAUAAAAUUACUUUUUCAGCAGUAUGUAUAGUAAUACUAGGUGGAAUUUUUGCAAUAUUGUCAAUAAUACUUACCAACUCCAGUCAAGAUGAUAGUUCGUCGGGAACCGAUGAGAAUUCAUCUAGCAAUAGUGACUACACAAAGGUGGUGGGAUUGUUCUAUGAAAACUUAAACUUAAUUAUAGUUGCAAUUAUAUUGACGCCUUUAACAUUCCUGUUGAUGUUUUAUACAUUACUAACAUUGGAUGGCUCUGGUGAUAACAAUGUGGUUGCGGAUACCGCGAAGAGUAGAAAAAAGAGAGACUAUGACGUCAUACUUGAUGAUAACGAUCCAUACGCACAAAAAGAUAAUUCACUAUUGAUAGCACCGGAUCAUUUAAGGAUAGUGUCUAGAACAGAAUGGCUAGCUCAGCCUGUAGAGGACCCAUUAGAUAAAAUCCGACAGCCCGUACCCUGGGUCAUCAUAUCACAUACAGCAACAGAAAGUUGCAAAACACAGAGUGAAUGCGUUUACCGCGUGCGUCUCAUACAAAUGUUCCACGUCGAGUCAAGAAAGUGGUCAGAUAUUGGGUACAACUUUCUCGUUGCGGGCGACGGCUCCGCGUACUUUGGUCGCGGUUGGGACUAUAUAGGCGCUCACACACUAGGCUAUAACAAAUAUAGCAUUGGGAUCAGUUUUAUUGGCACGUUCAAUAAUGAUCCCCCACCUAAGAAGCAAAUUGAUGCAUGUUUAAAGCUGCUCAAAAGGGGAGUGGACACUGGCAAACUCGCAAAGGAUUAUAAACUGUUCGCUCACCGUCAACUAGCGUCCACUUUAAGCCCCGGCGAUAAACUGUACGAUAUCAUAAAAGAGUGGCCGCACUUUGUUACGAAUUUUUCAGACCCCUCGGAAUUACUGCCGAAUUAUACUUGAAUAUUUAAUGAAUCUUUUUAAUGUGAGAUACACAUUGUACAUUCACAUAAUUGUAGAUAUGGAUAUGGUUUAUUUUGAAAUAAGUAUCAAAUUGUUAUAAGUCUGUACCUAUGAGAUAGGUUUUCUUGCUAUUGCGAAUGUUUUAAUGUUAAGCGAAAUUCGAAUAAUCUGUAUUUAUAUUUCUUUCGCGUUAUGACCAGUUAUGUUUUUACAUAAUUAUACAAACACACAAACGUUAGCUAAGCAAUAAUAUUUAUCAAAAACCUUAUCCUCGCUGACAUUUGUUUGGAGUAUUAUUUGACGUAAUUCUAUUUCCCAUCGUGAAUUAUAAUAUUGGAAGACUCUGUUCUUCAUAUUCACAGAUUUUUGUGAUUACUUGUUAUGUUAUGACUAUCGCUGUUAAUUUAACAUUAUUCGACACUUUGAAUUGCUGAGCUGUUUACGACGUUGUUAGUAAACUUUGUAUUUUUUAUAGAUCAAAUAAUUUUCUGUUCCAUUGAUUAUGCUGCCCCUACAGUACGUGAUAUUUUGUAUGUAAGUGCUGUGUACUUCUUUAAGUGAUUUCUUCACCAUAAUGUGAUGCAUGUGAAACAACUUACGUUUGAUUGUAUAGAGGAUAUGUCGUUGAAGUACCUAAAAAAUAAAUAGACCUGUAAAUAGGUUAUUUAGACUUUAUUAAGUAUUGCUCUGAAGUAUACUCGGUGUAAUCCUUAUAAAGAGAUUUUUCCUUAGAACAUACUGCCAGCCAAACUUGUGGUCUACCAUUUACCUUCCUACGAUAGAGACAUAUCAUGAAACAUUAAGUCCCCGUAUUCCGGUAAAAAGUGAACUUGGCGAUAUUAGAUUACGUAUAGACCUUUGUCAAGAUUUCCUAAAGAACUUUCUUGGCCGGCCGAAUCUUAUAUGGUUUGAACAUCGUUUUUCUAAUCAUUUAAGGAUCUCAGAAACGAGCAUCACAAUAGUUACUGUAUUUCUAUACACAAAUAGUUUAAAUGCUGUUAUAUAAAUAUAUAAAAUAAGAUUAAGGUGCUAUUUACCUAUAGAAGUAAUAUAUUAUGUACAUAGUACGUGAACAAAAAUGUAAAAAAUAUAUACGUAUUUUUUUAUUUUAAGUAUUGUUUGACAAUAUUCUGUGUGUGUGGUGCAUAUUAAAGCUUAUAUAUUUUAAUGAAUGCGAAUUGUUAUCCAAAGCAUUUAUUUUUAGUAGAUUAGUUUUUUUGAUUUUUUGUUUUAAGCAUCCAUUGUAAGGUCAGAAUAUUUUUCUAUACUUGUGUCUUGCCUUGAUUCGUAUCAGAUUUGGAUUUUUAUUUUAUUAUACAAUUUUUAACCACUCGCUGUGAUUAUGAAUGUGUACUGAUUCAAUGCAGUAUUUGGUGCAUUAUCGGUUUUUAAUAAAUUCUUAUACAUGCUCAACUUUGGUAAAAAAUGUUGUAUUAAACCAGUAUUUGUUGUACGUAUGUAAAGUAUUUGAUUUGUAUUAUUUGUAGUAUUGUUGAUCAGAAAAAAAUAAAGUAAUUGGUUGAAUGGCAAAAUGGAAUAAUGUAUUUAUUUACUGUCUAGCUUAUGUCUUGCAUUUCGUCUACGUUAACUUCGCUCUUAAAAAAAUCAUGGAAUAUCAUCAAAUGCCUUGUGGAACGGAAGACUUCAGAUUAUUACUGACUUAAACAAGUUACUUUUAGCCUCUUUCGAGGAAUCCUGCAUCCUCUGAAUUUACUAUUAUUUUUACUACACUCUCGCGAGGGUAGUCUUUGUAGGCGUUGUUUUGCACAACACUGGGUUGAGUUAUGUAUGUCAGAACUAGGUAAUUCGACGUUUUGUAACCUUCGAAGCAAUUCGGCUAGUGUUUUAAUUAUGGGUCAGAAAGACGUCUCGUCUCUGAUAUUUCCUUCCAAAGAUCUCUCAUCGCUGCCUUAUUGCUCAAAAUAUUAUUAAAACUCAUGAAAUUGCCACACUGCCAAAGCUGCAAUUGUUACACACAGGCGAAGAUUUAACGUACCCAGAAUUUGUUUGUUCUCUAUUGUAUAUUACUGUUACAAUUUUAGUAUAUUAUUUACUUCUAUGUAUUACAAAAUUGUGUCUACUAUUUAACUUGGAAGUUAGUACCAAAGUUUUUCUGUGAAUAUAAUGAUCUGUUUGAUAUCUUGUGAAAAAGUACCAAUCGAAUUAAAAGUGACCUUUGUACCUAAAUUGAUACAAAAAUAUUAAAUUACAAUAAAAAUAUUUUAUAAAGUUUUA